CCGGCCCGCGCCGCCCGGAGGAGCCCGGGCCCCGAGCAGCCGCCCGGCCGCGCGCCAGCCCUGCCCGCAGCGACGAGAUGAAUGAUUUUGGAAUCAAGAACAUGGACCAGGUGGCCCCUGUGGCCAACAGUUACCGGGGGACGCUCAAGCGCCAGCCGGCCUUCGACACCUUUGAUGGGUCUCUGUUUGCCGCUUUCCCCUCGCUGAAUGAGGAGCAAACACUCCAGGAAGUGCCCACAGGCCUGGACUCCAUCUCUCAUGAGUCCGCCAGCUGCGAGCUGCCCUUGUUGACGCCGUGCAGCAAGGCGGUGAUGAGUCAGGCCCUCAAAGCCACCUUCAGCGGCUUCCAGAAGGAGCAGCGCCGCCUGGGCAUCCCCAAGAACCCCUGGCUGUGGAACGAGCAGCAGGUGUGCCAGUGGCUCCUCUGGGCCACCAACGAGUUCAGCCUGGUGAACGUGAACCUGCAGAGGUUCGGCAUGAACGGCCAGGUGUUGUGUAACCUGGGCAAGGAGCGCUUCCUGGAGCUGGCCCCUGACUUUGUGGGUGACAUCCUCUGGGAGCAUCUCGAGGAGAUGAUCAAAGAAAACCAAGAAAAGACAGAAGAUCAGUAUGAAGAAAACUCACACCUCAACACAGUCCCCCAUUGGAUUAACAGCAAUACGUUAGGUUUCGGCACGGAGCAGGCACCGUACGGGGUGCAGGCCCAGAGUUACCCCAAAGGCGGCCUCCUGGAUGGCAUGUGCCCGGCGUCCGCGGCGUCCGGCGCGCUCAGCUCAGAGCAGGAGUUUCCGAUGUUCCCCAAGUCCCGCCUCAACACCGUCAGCGUCCGCUACUGCUCCGUCACCCAGGACUUCCCGGGCGCCAACCUGAAUUUGCUCAGCGGCGAUUCUGGGAAGCCCAAAGAGCACGACGUGCCCGAGAGCGGCCCCGACAGCUUUGAGAGCUCGGAGUCGCUGCUGCAGUCCUGGACCAGCCAGUCGUCCCUGGUGGACGUGCAGCGGGUGCCUUCCUUCGAGAGCUUCGAGGACGACUGCAGCCAGUCCCUGUGCCUCAGCAAGCCGACCAUGUCCUUCAAGGACUACAUUCAGGAGAGGAGCGACCCGGUGGAGCAAGGCAAACCCGUCAUACCUGCGGCCGUGCUGGCCGGCUUCACAGGAAGCGGCCCUAUCCAGCUGUGGCAGUUCCUCCUGGAGUUGCUGUCGGACAAAUCCUGCCAGUCGUUCAUCAGCUGGACCGGGGACGGAUGGGAGUUCAAGCUCGCUGACCCUGACGAGGUGGCCCGCCGCUGGGGCAAGCGGAAAAACAAGCCCAAGAUGAACUACGAGAAGCUGAGCCGGGGCCUGCGCUACUACUACGACAAGAACAUCAUCCACAAGACCUCGGGCAAGCGCUACGUCUACCGCUUCGUGUGCGACCUGCAGAACUUGCUGGGCUUCACGCCCGAGGAACUGCACGCCAUCCUGGGCGUCCAGCCGGACACGGAGGACUGAGGCGCUGGGCCCGCCCCGAGCCGGCGUUCCCGGGCCCGUGGGAAGCCCGGCCGCCCCGGCCGCGCCUAGGACCCGGGAAAGGCGGGGUUGAAUCGGUCCAGGCACAUCGCCGCCAAGCGAUCGGCCUUAUUGCAUCCCGAAGCACGCCUCCCUCGCGGCAGACUCCGGUCUGCUGAUGGGCAGACGCCACUCACGAGAGCCGACGUCAAGAAGGAGGCGCCGGGGAAGCGCCGGGCCCGAGUGGCCGUGCGGUGGGACACGCUGGAGGCGGCGCCUUUGUGGUGGACGCACGGCCGCUGCUGCGGAGGACGCAUGGCCGUGUCCCUGAGCUCUUCUGCAGCCGGGAGCAGCGACCACCAGAGCCCCGAGUUGGCGAGGGCUCGGAGGGCGGGAAGGAAGCGAGCAUUUCAGAAGUGAGUGUGUACAUACCCCUACCCCGCCCUCGUCACCGAUCCUAUUUAACAGAAGUAUAUAUUGUAAUUUAAUUAUAUCACCGUGUCUGCGCUCGGAUGCCACGUCCCGCCGUGUUUCAUUGUGCUGUGCAGCCCGGCCCGUGGCUCCGGAGGGAAGGGGCUGGCCGGGGGACAGACCCUUGGCCACCUGCGCGCCGGCGGGAGGUGGGGCCGCGACGGCGACCCCUGUGUUUAUUUUUUCUCCCUCUUGCCUUGGGGACUGAACGGCCGGGACUUUGUACAUUGGGGAUUUUACAGGACUGGUGGGUGACCAGCUGGGCCUCCACGGGGCCCCUCUGCCUCUUUUUCAUUGUAAAGUGACAGAGCGCUAUUUUUCUUGACAGACGCUGUGUGUACACACGGCCUGUUUCACCUUGUCGCUCAACUCUUCCCCCGGCCUCCCUCUGCCGUCCCCAGGCCCCCAGGCUCCCAGCUCCUCGGUGUGAUUACAAUGAGAGUCCUAUUUUUGGAAACAUGCAACUCCUUUUCAGAGACAGGAGGGGUUUGUGUAGCAGCUAUUUUUACUGCAUAAGUAAUUCACUGGAGAAAAUGUAAUUUGUAUGAAAGCUUUAUUUUUAUCUCAGCUCCCUGGGACGUUAGAGACGCUGUGGAGUUGGAGAGCCAGGGCGGGGCCCCUGGUGAGCCCAGCCCUAGGUGCAGCCGCUCUGUCCCCUCUCUGUGCACCUGUGCGUCUUGGGCCGCCUGGCCGCUGCACCGGGUAGAUCCGUGCUUUCUGCUCUCUGUGCACAGCAAGGCCGUUUUAUUCCUUAACGUCUCGGACACGGGGGAGAGAAACGGUGUGGGCAAGACCGCGAUGGAGAGUCUGCUGGGAGGGGACGUGUUGGUGGAGGUGGCAGCUCACAGGAGCCAUCUCGGGGCACCGAGCCCACCGUGCGUGCCCGGCUUUGUAAACGAUCCGUCGAUUAAAAGUCGGCCUCCAAGGCACACCGGCUUCGCCACUGACCGGUCGGCUGCGGCGCUGGCAUCCCCGGAGAACCGUGGUGUGAUGAGACCACGAGCUGGGAGGUGCAACGCCAGGCCCCACUGCCCAUGGAGCACCAUCCGCAGCAGAGGUCAGUGCUAGGCUCUCGGCUGUUUGUGGCAUAAACAGACGGGGACCUAGAGGCCCUCGGCAGAAGCCCGUGCGGCUGCCACAACAAUAGUGGACCAACUGCACCUGUAAAGAUGGCAGUGCCCCGUCGCUUGCCCGGUCGUUACGGAAGCUUUGGCAUGAUCGUGAGCAGAUUCCAAGUGUAAACGUUUUGUAAUUUGGCCUUUCCUUUCUCAAACAAUAAAGUCUCUGGUUUAUA